AUGGAAAAAUGCCCCCUGUGUAUUGGUACUAUAGCAACAAUUAGUGAUUUAAUAUUUAAUCUAACUUUGGUAUUCCGAUCUAUUAAUGAUUUGUCAAAAUGGAAUAAUACACGAAUAUGUGAAUUAUUGUCAAUGUUUUCACAUUUGGCUGAAUUAUUAUCCGCUGCAUACACUGUUCACUUUACAAUUCAACGCUAUUUUGCUGUCAAAUAUCCAUUGAAAACAACAACAAAUAAUAGAAAAUCAUUAAAUUCGAUUGCUUUAACAUUAACUACUAGCUUUAGUCUAGUCUACUGUGUAUUACUCGUUCAUUAUAAUUCCUAUUAUCAAUGCAACGAAGAAUUAAACUUGAAAUGGUUUCUAUCCGAUGCUCUAUUGUCAUUUGUUUUUCCUUUCGCUUUAAUUGCAUUGUUCAAUUUACUUAUCGUUCAACAAAUACAAAAAGAAUCGAAAAAAAUAACUCGACAUCAUCAUCGUUAUCGAUAUUUAAAACAUAAACAUUCUCAAACAACAUUACAACAUGUUGAUGACAAUUCUGAACGUGUACAUUUGUGUAGAAUUUCUAGAUCAGUUAAAUUAAUAACGUCAGAGCAACAAUGUAGGAAGACGGACGUUCCUAUUCGAAAACUCCGGCAAACAACAAUACGUGACGAAGUUACAACAGACUUAGAACAUUCGAAAUGUCAAUUCUUGAUUAUGUUACGUAGUGGUCGCUAUGGAUCUCCUUUUCGGUCAUCGAAUAUUAUCAGACAUGAUGAGCAAGAUAUUGAUAGCAAAUCACCAGUAAAAUCGACAUAUCCUUCACAAAAAAACUUCUCACUAUCAAAUUCUUGUCGGAUAUCUCGAAUGUUAAUCAUUGCUUCAACAUGUUUUCUUCUACUAAAUGCACCAUCUCAUAUUUGUAUAAUACAACUUAAAGUAUACACACUUACUACUAGUAAACAAUUUGCCAAUACGAACAAUAGUAUUGAAGGACAACAAACAUUUGAUGUCAGAACGGCUGAAUAUUUGUAUUUAUCGGUAUUAGUCACACAGCUCCUCUCGUUCUCAUCCUAUUCAAUUAACUUUUUUCUUUAUUCAUUUUGUGGCGCGAAAUUUCGACGUGAUCUAAUUCAUUUUUUUUCUCAACGUAGUACCAGAGCGUCACUCCAUUUGUUCCGGUGA